UGUUGGGUAUAUUACCCCGGCCCACUACUGUUCAGAGGCCCAAAGCAUCACCCCGAUACGGAACCCAAUUGGCGAGGCCCGUUUGGGCUCGCCCGGCCCAUUUAGGCCUGCUUCGGCCCAUUAGGCCCGUUGGCCCAUCAGAGACCCUCCCCUAUUUCCUAUAAAUAGGGAGGAGGGCUCCCAUUUAAAAGGAUCCUCUCUUUUUGGCUUUUGGCUCUUCUCUCCCAGGAGAGUUCUCUUCUUCCUCCCUCCUGUAUAUUUUUGAUAGAUUAGCAAGCUUCAAACCUCCAUUAAUGGAGUUCAAGAGUUGUAAUAUGUAAAUGAGUGAUGGGAGGAUAUUAAUGAGAAAGAGCGGGCUUGGACGUUAGCCUAAAAAGUCCCGUGGUUUUCUCCCUUUCCAGGUUUCCACGUAAAAAUAGAUAGUUCAUACACAUUUAUAUAUUUUAUUUAUGUUUAUGCCGAAUCCAUCGUCCUGAAUAUCCGAAGUUUAUGUUGGGCUUCCGGAUCUACGAGACAAAACCUCAACAUUGGCGCCGUCUGUGGGAAACGCUUCAAAAAGAUUCGUGUUCUGCAAAAUUUUUGAUACUAAAAAUUAUCGAUUUAAGCAAGAAAUGAAGGAAAAAUGAUCCUGGGAAACUUUGAGUCGUAGCAAGGAAGAAAAGGAGGGAAAAAUGAUUUCCAGAAAGAAGGGAAAAAGAAUGGAAUAAGCCCAGAUCCAAUCUGGCAGCUUGGUUUUUGGUCACUGCAGCCCCACAAAUUCAGCACACCUUCUCGAUGGAAAAACACCGAUGGAGAUGACCAUGUUAGCCAGCAAGAAGAAACCAGAAUGAUGCUUCACCAAAGAAACAGCCAGUGGAAGAAGAAAAUGUAAAUGGGGCCCACAUGCCCACUAACUUGAGAAAAGAGGAAAUAUCUAUUAUUUUCACGUGGCUGACAAAUACAAAGCAAGUGGAUGAUUUGACAGUCAUCAUUAUCCAAAACAAGCUUCACUUCCCGAAUGCCGAACGGUAUAAUACAUAUUCAUGAGGGAACAGACGUGAUGAACAAGGUCAAAGCUAUGACGACAACGUAAGGGAACAAUCUCAAACAGCAGCACUUCCUGCUCGAGCAGCCUGGUUGCUCUGGCAUCACCUAGCCUUGAGACAUCACAUCCCGAACGGGAAGCUCCUGAACGCUCAAAGCUAACAACCGCAAACCAGCAUCAAAACCCCAGGUGCUCUCAGCCAUGGAUGCCAGGGAGCCGCUAUCCCUGUUUAAAUGCCGUUCGGUCACCGUUUACCGAACGGGAAUGUGCACAACCAACAUAUAUCGGCUGUAACCCUGCCCAUCCAUUUUGGGCAAUCAAAGCAUAGGAAAAAAUCAACUCUGGGAGAUUACCUGAACGGGAGUUUCCCGAACCCCAUACCCAGGAGCACGUCACCUGCGACGCUGCCUGGCUCUAAUGCCGACCAAUCUUCUUUCAGGCGGAGAUAGCAAAUCUUGUUCGUGCAACCACCGUCCACCGGCGACCAGCAAAAUUGCGUCCAGGCAGGGAUAACGGGGUGAGGCGACCUACGUCUCCCAACUACCGCCGCCGUUCGGGACCCAGAUAGGGCACUCCAAGCAAUCUUCUUGCUCUAGCCGCGGCUGCUCGUGCUACCCGUCCGGCCAAACCUAUGCAAGGAAAAUCUCGUCUCCAUUCCUGCUCCAAGGUCUGGCUACUGGGAUGAAACUCCCGCUCAAUACUCAACACCUAGCCGUCCAGCAUGUGCCGGUCGGGUCUGGCUUCCGCAGGUUUCCUUGGGGUUGACGUACUAUGCAGCUGCGCUUAGGAAGAUUCGGCUGAGCUGCGAUGUGUUGGCGUGAGAUGCCUUCCAUAGAAGCAGGCCCACCACAGCAAAGGACAAGGCACCGAAUUGAGAUUUGGGCUUCAGCUGUACGGGUAGAUGGGCCAGAACCGAACGGGGGUUUUUCCUGGAUCAGCAAUAGUUCAAGCUCACAUUGUGCCAGCCCAUCUCCAGGAGCUAAGUAUCACAUACUUUCUUCCUUUAUUGAUUAAAGUAGUAGAAUAAUACGGAGUGGUAUUAUUUCACUUUUAGGUGUAUAUCACCAUCAUUUUAUAAGGAUCAACGUAUCCCGGGCAAAAUAAUACCGAACGAGGCCCCAAUAAUUAAAGUACACCGUCAUUUUUAAAUCAAAUGAUUGGUUGUAAUGGGGGUCAUUGGCUUACCCCGAUCGGCCUUUACUUGUUUAGUAGGGAUUAAAAUAUCCCGAGUGAAAUAAAUAUCGAGCAACGCUCGAGUGAUAAAUCCACUGCCAUUUGUGAAUUAAAAUGAUUGGUUGUGGUGGGGGCCAUUGGGUUAUCUCAAUCGGCCUUAAUUUGCGGCCUUAAUAUUACUAGGUGAUUAUUUGUUUAGUAGGGAUUAAAAUAUCUCAAGUUAAAUAAUGACCGAGCGAAGCCCCAAUGUUUGAGUACACCGUCAUUUUUAAAUUAAAUGAUUGGUUGUAGUAGGGGCUAUUGACUUAUCCCGAUCGGCCUGAAUUAGCAGUUGGAGCAUUUGUGGACCCGCUCGGUGAGGCCGGACAUCCAUGAAAAAAUUGAAUAGAAUGAUGUAUUAAUACUUCUGAGCGAUUAUCUGGUUGGGAGGGAUUAAAAUAUCUCGAGUUGAAUAAUAAACUGGGCGAAACUCUCGUAAGGAAUUCACCAACAUUUUAAAUUAAAUGCUUAGUUUGAGUGGCCGAACGGUCCACUCCCGAUCGGCCAAAACUUAUUGACUAAAGCAUUCCAUAGGGCGUGGCCUAAGGACAUAUUUUAAUUUAGGGACCAUUCAUGGUCCCGAUCGGCAUUAAAUGCCAGGUCGACAAUUGUACCCAGUACGGGGCGAAAUACGUACUUGAAUACUCGGCAAAACACUAGGUGCUUCCGGUCGUGGACUCUGGCAAUUCGAGAAAUAAUUCUAGACCGAGGGUUAUUAUUACUACUUCGGCUGAUAAUCAUAAGGAAACAAAGGAAAAUAUUAUACGUAUGUGAAUGUAUAUACUUGUAUAUGUUGUUUGGCCGUACGGCCGUAUUACCAUGCUAAUUGUGCAGUGAAAUUUGUUCGAUAUUCUCGAACGGGGAGAUCAUGAUGCACAGAGAUGUUCAUGACGACUCGGCAUGAAGCGCGUAGACGUUCAUGACUAAAACGGGAAAUGGAAAAGGAAUCACAUUCUUCCAGGGCCGUUCGAUGUUCUCGAACGGGGAAAUUAUGGAGCACAGGGAUGUUCAUGACGUUUGACAUGAAGCGCAGAGACGCUGAUGAAUGGGAACGAAAAGAAGGAAUACUUACACUCAGAGCCGGUCGGUCAGACCGGACGGGAACAUCAGGAAACGCAGGACAUCCACAAUCGGCAAAAAAAAAAAGAAAGGAAAAGAAAAAAAAAGGGGAAAGAAAAAAAAAGAAAAGAAAAAAAAAAGAGAAAGAGGAAAGGAAAGAAAGAAAAAAGUAUAAUAACAAAAAAAAAGAGAGAGAGAGACUACAAAUGUAUAGAUAUCACGACGCGUGAAGGGAAGUCCUAUGGACUGUACGCCACAUGAGCUUUCAGAUUACGCUCCAUGACUGGCAAUCCGGCCUCCGCUAUUGGCACAUAGAGCGAGCAACAUUAUGGGCAGAGGGCGCCGGUAAGCCCCUCGGAUUUACAGAUCGGCCUCCCAACGCCGACUUUUCUCUCACCACGACCGACCCUCCUGGUUUGGCAUGGUGAUCAUUUGGAAGACCGGCCUCAUCUCCGCUCCUCGCGGAUGAGGACUGUUGAUUAUUUCUUUCUGAUCGGCCCCCAGCGCCGACAUCAUUACAUGGCCACCGACCCCCUGGUACGGUCCCAUCACCACAUUUUGAAGACCAGCUUCAUCCUCGCUCCCCACGGAUGAAUAUCGUUGCUCGAGCUUUUGGAUCGGUGACUUAGUACCGACAUCUUUACAGCAUGACCAUACUUUAUGGACCGGCUGCCACAGUUGCCGCUGUUUGUCCCCAUAUCAUGAUCGGCCUCUCGGCACGACAUGUUUACUAUUUUAGAGGCAUCUUCACGCUCCACGGAGGAAGACAUACUAUCGGGAUGAUCGGAUCGCUUCUAUAGCUCUACGCUCAGCCACCUCGGCACGGCGUGAUCAUCAUUGUGAGUCCCUGUAUUUGUAUAUAUAUACAUAUUUAAAAAAAAAAGAUAUAUAAGAGGUGGAUGCGAGAUUCCGUCUGGAAAACCCAGAGAGAAAAUGAGAGAAAAGGAGAUCAGGGCUCCUCAAUUAUCGCCUCAACCAUAGGUAUGAAUGAACCGUAUCGGAAAAACCGAACGUGGCAUUGAAACUGUGGUUUGGCGGCGAAGGGCAGACCAUUAGUAUGGAUGAUCCGGACCGGAAAAACCGGACGAUUGCAUCGGAACUAUUGGUCAAAAUCCUCAAUCGUCAUAGGUUCAUCGGACCGUUCUAGUGGGACGAACGGACGAAUGGAACUAUGAAUUCAUUGAGUCUCAUUUCAGUCAGGGGAGAACGACCCGUUCGUCGAAGGCGAGCGAACGGGGGACACAAACUGACUUGGAGGUGAUGUGAAACAAAUGGUGGAACACAAUGGUCUUGGGUCGACAGGUCUGUAUCUGAUAGAGUCCGUGGAGCACCCCGUCCGAAAGAUAGGGGGGUUCUACGACCGUGUUCACCAGUACGUGGCAUAAACAUUUGGGCUACCCAAAUGUCGCGACGGCUCGUUGAGUGUGGUAGCCAUCCCCAACCAAUUAGUUAGAGCGAUCCGUCCAAAUCAGACCGGACAGGUGAUCUCGGCUGGUUGGUUUGAGCUGGGGAAUUAAAGCUAACAUUCUUCUCUCAAUCAUUUUAUGCAGCACGCACGGGCUCCACAGCACCGUCGUGUUUUGCUCUCGGUUUGGCUCGUCCAUCCUUAAUCUGGGAUGACGACCGCCGCUUUUUUGCAGCACGCACGGGCUCCACAGCACCGUCGUGUUUUGCUCUCGGUUUGGCUCGUCCAUCCUUAAUCUGGUAUGACGACCGCCGCUUUUAUGCAGCACGAACGGGCUCCACAGCUCCGUCGUGCCUGGUUCUCGAUCGGGCUCGUCCAUCCUUGAUCUAGGAUGGCGACCAUCGCUCUUAUGCAGCAUGCACGGGCUCCACAGCACCGUCAUGCCUGGCUCUCGGUCAGGCUCGCCCAUCCUUGAUCUGGGAUGGCGACCGCCGCUUUUAUGCAGCACGAACGGGCUCCACAGCUCCGUCGUGCCUGGUUCUCGAUCGGGCUCGUCCAUCCUUGAUUUAGGAUGGCGACCAUCGCUCUUAUGCAGCAUGCACGGGCUACACAGCACUGUCAUGCCUGGCUCUCGGUCAGGCUCGCCCAUCCUUGAUCUGGGAUGGCGACCGCCACUUUUAUGCAGCACGAGCGGCUAGCUCUACAGCGCCGUCGUGCCUAGUGCCGGAUUGCAUCUCACUUAUGGCUUAUGCAUGCCGUGCGCCCAAGACUGUUCAAAGACACUGAUUCAGGGGGGCAAGGAAGGACGUGAGCAAGAGUAUACUUUCUCGAGCAGAUUCACAUGCUCACUACUCAAGAAACUGGGGGACUUGUGUUGGGUAUAUUACCCCGGCCCACUACUGUUCAGAGGCCCAAAGCAUCACCCCGAUACGGAACCCAAUUGGCGAGGCCCGUUUGGGCUCGCCCGGCCCAUUUAGGCCUGCUUCGGCCCAUUAGGCCCGUUGGCCCAUCAGAGACCCUCCCCUAUUUCCUAUAAAUAGGGAGGAGGGCUCCCAUUUAAAAGGAUCCUCUCUUUUUGGCUUUUGGCUCUUCUCUCCCAGGAGAGUUCUCUUCUUCCUCCCUCCUGUAUAUUUUUGAUAGAUUAGCAAGCUUCAAACCUCCAUUAAUGGAGUUCAAGAGUUGUAAUAUGUAAAUGAGUGAUGGGAGGAUAUUAAUGAGAAAGAGCGGGCUUGGACGUUAGCCUAAAAAGUCCCUUGGUUUUCUCCCUUUCCAGGUUUCCACGUAAAAAUAGAUAGUUCAUACACAUUUAUAUAUUUUAUUUAUGUUUAUGCCGAAUCCAUCGUCCUGAAUAUCCGAAGUUUAUGUUGGGCUUCCGGAUCUACGGGACAAAACCUCAACACAUACCUAUUAAAAUUAUUUCUCAAAAUAUACUUAUAAGCUUCGCCAUUGCACCCGCUACUUGAGCUAAUUGUCCACCCCUUCCACGUGUGAUUUCUAGAUUAUGUAUAGUUGUGCCUAAGGGGAUUUUGAUCAAUUUGGAUUGAAACAUCUGUACCAGAAACAAUGGUAUCUCCAAUUUGAGCCCCUCUCGGAUGUAAAAUAUACUCCCUCCGUCCCAUUUAAAGGUUCUCGUACACUAUUCUCCGGUCAACGUGCAUUCCUCUUAAUCUUUUACUUUAUAUAUCGAAAGUUUAUGAAAUCUAAACUAUUUUUUGCAGGUUUUGUAGCGGUUUUAAUGUAGUUUCUGAAUAUGUAAAUUUUAUUUUUUAAAAACAAUUCUAUUAAUGACAGGGGUCGGUUAACUUUAUGGUCGGUCAAACGUCGUAAACUGUGUGGGAACCUUAAAGUGGGACGGAGGGAGUACUUCUUCUCACCAAGCCCAAAACUCCAUUCCCCUAUCCAUUGUCCCCUUGUUUCGCUCUUCCUCUAAGGCGUUGUUGUGUAACAAGCGCAUAAUGUCCACUGCAACGCCCAUGCAGUUUAUCAUCAACUUGAUGAAUUACGACUAAUUCUGACAAUUCCGACAAUGGCAGGAGAAAAGGCGACAUUUACCUAUUAUAGAGAUGGUGUGAUUUGAUUAUUGAUUUAUCAUUUUGUUCUUUUUUUCUUUCAUCUGGAAUAAUGUUUCUAAGCUUUAUGAGAAAGACAACAAAUACAACUCACUAAUUAUUAUCAUAAAAAAAGUCAAAUUUUUAGAACCAGCAAGUUGUUCUAUUGUAACCAGUUAGCUGAAGUUUUUGCUUUUAUUGUAGAAAUUACGUUUUAUUUCAGAUUCAUAUCAUCAGAGCGGAGGUCGUACUACUUCUGAAUUGCUAUUGUGUAUUUAGACAAUAUUUAAUUAUUGUCAAAAUAACUGUACCGUUUUGCUAUUAGAACCUUUCAAUGGGACGGAGGCAGUACUACUUAACAUUUAGAUGUAAAAUGCCCAGUACCUAAACCAUAGAUUCUUUCACAAAGUAAGGAUGUUUUCUUUUGGACUAUUUUCAGUCCCAGACGUACCAGACCAGGCCGGAACAGACCAGACCAGACCAGACCAGGCCAGACUUUUGUAGUUAUAAAAUACACAUAGACUAGAUAUUUAUCAAACCAGACCGGUUCAGACCAUACCAGACCAACAAAUUUUAGUCCAAAAGAAAACAUCCUAAUAGUUACACCAGCAAACUAAAAAGUAAUGCAACAGAAGAGCAGGUUUGAAUUGCAAAUUUUGAUAUACGUAUUCUUAAGGUUUAAUUGCUUCAUUUUUUUCAAUUGUGCUACUACAUACAUAUUGCAGCCCUUAAUUAAACUAUUUCUUACAAGAAGUACAUGAAUCGGUAGAACAUUUGACAAUCAGAAUUCAAACAGAAGUUAAAUACGCAGUACAAGGUUUUAUAAUUGGAAAAGUUAAAUCACUUACGGGGGAAGUUGUCAAAAGAGCUGAUUAAUUUGUUUUUGCAAUCAGUACUGCCAUCUUGGUUCUUUUCUAUGAUAGGUACCUGCAGAUUAAAGGUUAUUUGCCAUAGCCAUAUGUUGUACGGAGUAUCAUAAUAAUUGGUCUACAGUGCAAAGUAAUUUAAGAGGCAGAGAUAGUUAGAUGGUCUCCAAAUGGGUAAUUAACGGAGGAGAUGAGGAGAAUGGUCAGAUGGUCUCACUCUCUAGACGGUAAGAUAACGGAGGAGACAUGGAUAAACAUAACGGAAAUAGGAGCUUAAUAAUAAGAAGUACAAUAGCUUUUGCAAAAUGUACAAUAUCAUAUAGCUAUAAAAUUACACCAACACAUUUUCAUAUUCAAAAUAUCCCUACCCUCAUUCACAUUUAUAAGUUUUUAGAUUAUUAUUUUGAGCUUGUUGUUUCCUUACAUAAAUUUUGUGUUACAGUGAAAAUGAGUAAAAUAUUUAUAAAAAAAUGUGCAGGUUAAAAGAAGUGAUCAUACUUAAUAGAAUGUUUAAGCACGUUAGAGAAUUCAAAUGAUCUUUUGAAUUUUUUAUGUUCAUGAUGGAGUAUAUGGCCCAGGAGCCCCCGACCCAUACACUCCUACUUCUCCUACAUAAGCCCACUGAGCCCAGGGAGCAUCUCAGGCCCAAGGACAACGACCCAAGCCUCAAAGGAGCUCAGAAUACGCACUGGGGUGCCUUCGGCCUCCUUGGCCGAAGGCUCCAAAUUACACAGGGCAGCCAGGUUUGGGCAUACAAAGCUACUGGGAGAAACGGCGUAAAAGGGGUAGCCUUCGGCUAUCCGGAGCCCUCGGCACCAACGGUGCCCUCGGCAUUAGAGGGGUCUUCGACAUCCUCAGGCCUCCGGUUACACCAAGCCCUCGGUCGAAGGGGGAGCCUUCGGCCAACGGCUCUAUCAUCAAAGAUUCCCUUUGGAGACAGCCAACCACCGCAUUUAAUGCGGCGUCACAUCCACCCACCGCAUUUAAUGCGGUGAACAUGCCACUGUCGGUGCCACCCGAUUGAUGUGACCCUUCGGCCGUUGGAUUACUGACACGUGUACUCUCAUCGCAUUUAUUGCUGCUAUAAAUAGCAGCCCUUAUUCCCCUUGUAAAACACGCUGAGUUCGUUUAAUACAAUCGACUCUCUCUCCUCCUAUUUGCUCUGACUUCUCUCUAAGUUAUUCCCGCAAUAACCCCUCAGAUAAGAUAUCCCCCCCGGGUAGACUAUCCAUCAUUUGGUGCUUUCAUUGAAAGGUCUGAACAAUCAAGGAAGAACCACCCGUGGCCAAUCUAAAACCCUCGAGGAAAACCACGUAGCCCCCGACGAAACCAACGGGGCCGAAGCCUCCAACAGGCUCUUGGUACCCGAAGGCGGCACCAUCCUCGAAUUAGAGCAGGCCGCCACUGACCUCCGUCAGCAGCUUCAGAAGGCUGCCCCUGAUGCCCGCAUUAGGCUUGAUAAUCGAAGGAGGGAUCGGAGUGAGGGCCAAGCCCCUCCUCCGGCCCCGUCCAUCGAUCUUCAGGCUGCCUUUGCGGCCUUUGUCCAAAAUAUGGCCCUCAACCCCGGCGCCUUCGCCACUCAGGCACCCCUCCAGCCCUAUUUUGGAGGGAAUAUUGUUCAUUUUCCACCACCCCCUCCUCUGUUCGGCAAUCCCGUCAUGCCGGUUGGCAACGCCGAGGGGGUCGUGGCGCAAGAUACCGCCUCCCAAGAGGCCCAAUCCAAAGACAAGCGGCCCAUGAACAAAGAGAAGCCCCGAACCUCUGCCCUUGAGAGGUUGGGAGCAGCUCCUGACCGCCUCGGUGGUAAAGCAAUCAGCAGGCCUCAGGAGAGUGGGGGCUCAUUCUCGGGGGCCGAAGAGAGGCCUCCCCCUCGGGACAAAGGUAAGCCCCCCCUCCAUCCCGAAGACGCCAGGCACCAGAUCAACAACGCUCAGUCCUUCCGGGCCAACUCCCAAGGGGUUGAUCCGAAGGACCCGAAGGAUGAAAUCAGCGAGGCCCUCCUCCGCCAACUUGAGGAGGCCCGUCAGGCGCCCCCAGCAGACCCAGCGCUUCAACACAAUUACUCCUUUUCCCUUCAAGUACCCUUCGGCAAAAGGAGUGGGGGACUCCUGAUGGAGUAUAUGACCCAGGAGCCCCCGACCCAUAGACUCCUACUUCUCCUACACAAGCCCACUGAGCCUAGGGAGCAUCUCAGGCCCAAGGACAACGGCCCAAGCCUCAAAGGAGCUCAGAAUACGCACUGGGGUGCCUUCGGCCUCCUUGGCCGAAGGCUCCAAAUUACACAGGGCAGCCAGGUUUGGGCAUACAAAGCUACUGGGAGAAAUGAUGUAAAAGGGGUAGCCUUCGGCUAUCCGGAGCCCUCGGCACCAACGGUGCCCUCGGCAUUAGAAGGGUCUUCGACAUCCUCAGGCCUCCGGCUACACCAAGCCCUCGGCCGAAGGGGGAGCCUUCGGCCAACGGCUCUAUCAUCAAAGAUUCCCUUUGGAGACAGCCAACCACCGCAUUUAAUGCGGCGUCACAUCCACCCACCGCAUUUAAUGCGGUGAACAUGCCACUGCCGGUGCCACCCGAUUGAUGUGACCCUUCGGCCGUUGGAUUACUGACACGUGUACUCUCAUCGCAUUUAUUGCUGCUAUAAAUAGCAGCCCUUAUUCCCCUUGUAAAACACGCUGAGUUCGUUUAAUACAAUCGACUCUCUCUCCUCCUAUUUGCUCUGACUUCUCUCUAAGUUGUUCCCGCAAUAACCCCUCGGAUAAGAUACCCCCCGGGUAGACUAUCCAUCAGUUCAUUUUGUAAAUUAUGUAUAUUCAUCUGAUGCUGGUUUUAUACUCAUUUUAUAGAUACAAGAGCACAUACAAUGAUGCUGAAUUACAUGUUUCUAAUACUUAAUAGAAGAUGUAUGAUGCUCAAUGGAAAUGUCUUGAUGUUCAAAUAAAAAUACUUAUAAUUUUCAUAACAAUACUCAUUUCAUGAGUUAUUUAUGCUCAAGAGGUACUCAUGUUAUACUCAUUUUUAAAAUGUCAUAUCAAUACAUAUUUUAAAACUACCAUAUUACAUUAGAUUCCUAUGAGAUCGAAUUGAUUAUAGACACAAGAGUAGAGAUUACGAUACUCAAUUAAUUACAUGCUUUUAAUACUUAAUAGGAAAAGUUUGAUGCUUAAUUAAAAUGUCUUGAUGAUCAUAUAACAAAGCUUAUUAUUUUCAUAUCAAUGCUCAUUUUGAAAGUUAUUUAUGAUCAAUUUAAAAUAUCGUACCAAUGUUUAUUUUAAAAUUAUCAUAUUACAUUAGAUUCACAUAUUCAAAUUCAUAAGAAUUGAUUAUAUUCAUAUAAUUUAAUGAGUUUUAAUAUAAAAAAAUAAGAAAAAGAAAGUGAAUUACAACAUUACAUUGCAUUCACACGAGAGUUGAUUAUAGACACGAGAGGAGAGCUCAUGAUACUCAAUUGCACGCUUUUAAUACUCAAUAAAGAGGUGUUGAUGCUCAAUGAAAAAUCUUUGAUGCUCAACUAAAGAUGUUUAUUGUUUUCAUAUCAAUGCUCAUUUUGUAAGUUACAUAUGCUCAAUUCAUACUGAUGUUAUGCCCAUUUUUAAAAUAUCAUAUCAAUGCAUAUUUCAAAAGUAUUAUAUUACAUUAGAUUCACAUAUUGAACUUCAUAGAAAUUGAUAAUAUUUUAAUUUAAUAAGUUUUAUAAAAGAAAAAAACGAAUUAGAAGAUAUGACGCAGAGAUUAUGAUACUCAAUAUUAGACUCCUAAUAAUCAACAGAAUAGGUCUAGGACUAAUUAAAAGUUCAUUAAUGCUCAUUUAACAUAAAACAUUAUUUUUAUCACAAUAUAGGAGGUUUGAUGCUCAAUGAAAAUAUUAUUACGCCCAACUAACAAACCUUGCGAUUUUCAUAUUUAUGCACAUUUUGAAAGUUGCAUAUGCUCAUUUGAUACUGAUAUCAUGCUCGUUUUUAAAAUGACAUAUCAAUGCAUUUUUCAAAAGUAUAAUACUACACUAAAUUCGCAUAUUGAAGUUUAUAGAAGUUGAUUAUAAAUAUAAUUUAAUGAGUUUUUGUAAAAGAUACAAAAAUAAGAAAAAGAAAGUGAAUUACAAUAUAUAAAAUUGAUAUCACAAUACUCAUUAUUCGACUCUUAAUACUCAGUCCAAUAUGUUUGAUGCUCAUUAAAAGUGUAUUAAUGUUCAUCUAACGAAAAUCGCAAUUUUCACUCAAAUUACGAAAAUGUCACCAUUUUUUAUUUAUGAUAGCAAUUUUCUUGUAAUAAGACGGUACUUAUUAUUAGAUGCUUAUACUCAUCAAAAUUGGACUAUUGCUCAUUAACAAUACACAAAGGUUCAUUUAGCAGAAAUCACGAUUUUUACAUUAAUUACAAAAUUGCCACCGAAUUAUUUUUCUAUUUUCCCAUUAGACCUGUAACUGGGCCGGCUGUACAGUGCUCGCCGUACAGCCGGUGGUACCAUAUACCAACUCCUUGUUGCUGCUCAUCCCAAUCUUUAUAUGUACCUAUUUUUUAUUUUUAUUUUACUUUUAACAAUUCAAUCAUUAAAAUUUAGUUCACUAAUGUGGUAAGGCAUGGAUCAUGUGCGUAGUAUUUUAUAUGGACCAUUUUAAUUGCAAUUUUAAAAUUUAGUUCGCUUUAUGUGGUAAGGCAUGUAUCAUGAACCUAGUACUCCAUCCGUCCCAUUUUACCUAUCUUACUUUCUUUUCUGGGUUUUCUCAAAAUAAGUGUCAUCUUUCUUUUUUUAAAAAGAAAUAUGUGGCUCACAACAUUUCACUUUAGUAUACUCAAAUGUCAACCCCAACUUUUACCUUUUCAACCACUUUAUUAAAAAUUAUGUCAAAACCAAAGGAGACAUAUAAAAUGGGUAUACGUAGUUUAACAUUAAAAUCAUGCAAUUAUAAUACUUAAUAAUAAAAAAUUUAAAAUAACUCAAAAGGCAUGAGAUAUUUUUGUCACAGAAGAUAAGAUUAUGAUUAACACUUAGAGCAUCUCCAAUGCUACAAUGUCCACGGUGCACAUGUGGCAUGAGAGAGAUAGACACAAAAAAUUGAUUUUAUGACAUUCCUCUCUCAGUCUUUCUACGGUUUUAUUUGUUUUUGGUUAGUUUUUCUCUGCAAUGUCAACCAUAAUGUCUACAUCUAGACAUUGUGCUUGACAUUGUGAAGAAAAAUUUACAAAAAUGAUAUAAGAUCCUUCAAAUAAGGAGAAAUAUAUUUUAUUUACUGUUUUUUGAUUGGCUAUCUCUGAUGUCACGUAUGCACCGUUAACGUAUUAACAUUGGAGAUGCUCUUAGAGCAUCAAUUUAUGUGAAUUGCCACAUCACACUCCACAAAAAUUAUCAUCUCCAGCGCUAAUAUGCAUUUUAGCUGUGAUGCUGAGUUGUAAUGCAAAUGAAUGGACGGUGUCUAUUUGCCUUUCUAUGAGCCCGUUUGGAGACCCCCUUUUUCGGCUUAUCAGCCAGCUUUUUCACCAAACACGUAAUUUUUACUUUCGCGUGCUGAAUUGUGUAAUAAGCAGAAAAAGUAAGGUUGGAGUUACUUUUCUGGCUGUAUUUGCUAAAGUUACUGUAGAUGACCAUUUUAACUAUUUUUACAUAUAAUUUUUUCUUUAUUUUAUUAAUAAAAUAUAUUUUUAAAAUAUUUUUUUCUAGAAUCAGCCAAAACAGCCACUUCAGCCAGAACUUUAUAAAUUUCAGCAGAAACAGCCAAAACAGCCGAUUUUCAUGCUACCAAACGGGCUCUAGAUGUAGCAGUUAUGUCUCACCUCGUGACUCAGCACAAAAUUGAUUAUACGGAGUAAUACGACACAGUAUUUCAUUAGCAUCUAUCCUCUUGUUCCCGUCCGGUUGCAAUAGUACCCGAUGCGACGACUAACUCCGGCACCAUCUCACAAAUCGCAGCCCCUUUUCACGGCGGCAGCGGCGGGCAACCUCUUUUUUCUCCGGCUAUCGUCUUCUCCUACUCUUCAAACUUCGAAAAUAGAGAUUGCCUUCCCUUCCAAUUUCCAAAGCUUGAGCACUCUUUCCGAUCUCUUUCGGUGUUGUUGGCUAUUGUCCCUGCUAUCCUCAUCACGUCAGCUUCCUCUGUAUGCUUGAGGAAUUGGGGGUAACAAGGAGUCAGGGACUUCUUUCUUGUCCCACAUGCUGGAAGCUCAUUGGAAUUACUUUCUGCACUCAUUCUUUGAGGUUUCAAUUUGGUUCCUGUGAUCUAUCUAGACUCAGAGACGGUUUAUGUCUUAGCCUCAGUCGUCGUCAUAUCAAGCAAAUAUGUCAACUUUUUGCAGAUUACAUAAUCAAAUCUUCUCCUCCCUCAGCAAGAGGCAUCCCUGUAGUGUUCUUCAUUUACACUUCUUGUACUAUUUCGCCGUUCUUUUCAUUUUCGACCAUCAGGCAUGUGUGUAUGUAUAUAUUAGUAUAUUAUAUAAUAUACUCCGUAUAUUUAAAAUAUACUUCGUAUAAUGCCUAACUAAUGGGGGAAUCCACUAUAUACUCGGUAUACUGCCUUUUAAUUUCAAUUUUUGUGUAUGAGCGGAGAAUGCAAGAAGGCUCAACUCCGUUGGAGAAGAAGAAUGAAUUUAAGGGUCUCUGCAUUCACGUCAGCUACACAGGAUGUCCAUACGGAUGAGGUGUCCAAACCGGUCUUAUCUACGUAGGACUUGGGACGUAGGACUUAUCUCACCAUUUUCCCUACUCUCUAGUCUCUACCUUCAUUUCUUCCAUCACAUCCCAUCCCAUCUCAAUUUUCCCACUUCUUCAUUCGCCGCAUAACAUAGAAGAAUUACUCGGUAUACCACGUACUAUGGAAACAGCUCUCUUCUCACCAUCUUCUCUAUUCGCCGACUCCGACUACAACUCUGCUGGUACCUGUGUACUUACUUUCUUCUAUGUUAUACGACACACUAUCAUAUACUCCAUUUUUACACACUAGGAGGCUUCUUUGCAGAUGAGGAGAUUACAGAUUCUCAAAACCAAAACUUCGUAGAGAGGAGCCACCAGUUUCCUGGGAUGGUAUUGCUUGUUCGAGAGUUUUGUUUCCACGAGUUGAAUGCAAAUUUACUUUGGCCUGGGACGUUUGCAUUUGCAGAGUGGCUAGUUGAACAUAGAUCCUGGUUGGAAGGUCAGAGGAUACUUGAGUUAGAUGUUAAAGAGUAUCCAAAUUUGAUCAAAACACUGUCAUAUCUGCUGAAAACGUAUACACCUGAAGUUAUUGACUCUGAUUCUCCAGGUUAUGACCAACAUGAUGUGUUGCAUGCAUUGCCCAGACCAGUAUUUUUAAUGAGCUGGAGGCGGAGAAUAGGGAAAGAGGACGAGUCACUGUUUUUUGUUGGUUGUGAAAAAGCUGGUCUUGAAGUAAAGCAUUUGGGAUCCUGUGUUUAUUGCAUUAAUCUUACACCUAAAUAAGAAACAGUGGAUCAAUUGGGAUGAUCUCUUGCUAGUGUCACUCCACUUGCAGCUUUAGACAAAUGAGUUGAGUUUUGUUUUGUACCCAACAGGCUCAAGUGAUCUGUCAAUCCUUGGGUGUUCCUGCAUAAAACAAAACAAAAAGAAUGGUUUUGUUUUGUUUCCAAGAUUUAAUGGUGCCAAUUCACCCUUGUGAUGAGUGGUGUGACUGUAACUCUGUAAGGGAACAUCUGCAUCCACAUGGUCAUGCAAGGAAUAUGGAAACGUACAUUUUUUACUGAUCCAUGAUUUACCAUGAAUCGUAAUGAC